AUGGCCGAAGGCGGCAUCGACAGAAAUGCCGAUGAGCGGAUGGAGUUUUCGACCUCGAAAGAGGUGACGGUCGCGCCGACGUUCGAGGACAUGCACCUGAAGGAGAAUCUCCUUCGCGGAAUCUAUGCGUACGGAUACGAAUCGCCGUCCGCGGUGCAGUCGCGAGCGAUUGUUCAGAUAUGCAAGGGCCGAGACACCAUUGCACAAGCGCAGUCGGGGACGGGCAAGACGGCAACAUUUGCCAUCAGCAUCUUACAAGUGAUCGAUACCUCAGUUCGGGAGACACAAGCUUUGGUAUUAUCACCGACGCGCGAAUUAGCGACACAGAUCCAAAGUGUCAUCAUGGCACUAGGCGACUACAUGAACGUACAAUGCCACGCGUGUAUCGGGGGCACCAAUGUGGGCGAAGAUAUCCGCAAACUCGAUUACGGCCAGCACGUCGUCUCCGGCACACCGGGCCGAGUGGCCGAUAUGAUUCGGCGCCGAAACCUGCGCACUCGACACAUCAAGAUGUUGGUUCUCGACGAAGCGGACGAAUUGCUUAACAGGGGAUUCAGAGAACAAAUCUACGAUGUGUACCGGUAUCUGCCACCAGCGACACAAGUCGUGGUUGUAUCUGCUACCUUGCCCUACGAUGUUCUUGACAUGACGACGAAAUUCAUGACGGAUCCGGUUCGGAUUCUAGUCAAGCGCGACGAAUUGACGUUAGAAGGAUUGAAACAGUAUUUCAUUGCUGUGGAAAAGGAGGAGUGGAAAUUCGAUACCUUGUGCGACCUUUACGAUACCUUGACUAUUACGCAAGCCGUCAUCUUCUGCAAUACCCGCCGCAAGGUCGAUUGGUUGACUGACAAGAUGCGCGAGGCGAAUUUCACGGUUAGCAGUAUGCAUGGCGAAAUGCCCCAGAAGGAACGCGACAGUAUCAUGUCCGAUUUCAGACAGGGAAAUAGUCGCGUGCUUAUCAGUACCGAUGUCUGGGCAAGAGGUAUUGAUGUCCAACAAGUCAGUCUGGUUAUCAACUAUGAUUUGCCGAGCAAUCGUGAGAACUAUAUUCACAGGAUUGGUCGGAGUGGUCGCUUCGGUCGCAAGGGCGUCGCUAUCAAUUUUGUCACGUCCGAGGAUGUGCGCAUUCUGAGAGAUAUCGAACUCUACUAUUCGACUCAGAUCGAUGAGAUGCCGAUGAAUGUCGCUGAUCUCUUGACUUGA